AUGACACAUCGCUGUUGCUUUUCUCUCCAUGUCCUUAUUGAUAACAUUGAAGAUUUUGCUCCAAUAAUAUAUACUCCUACAGUAGGAUUGGUUUGCCAAAACUAUUCAGGGUUGUUUAGACGCCCACGGGGAAUGUACUUCAGUGCAAAAGAUAAAGGAGAGAAGAUGUCCGCCUGGUCAUCUGAUCAGAUGGUUGAUAUGAUUGUCCUGACUGAUGGUAGUCGCAUUCUUGGUCUGGGUGAUCUUGGGGUCCAGGGAACUGGAAUACCCAUUGGAAAACUUGAUAUGUAUGUCGCUGCUGCUGGAAUCAAUCCACAGAGAAUACUUCCAGUUAUGCUUGAUGUUGGUACCAACAAUCAAAAGCUUCUUGAAGACCAUCUUUCUAUUGACUUUGUGCUGUUUAUUUUAUGUUCAGUGACUAAAAAUCUUCUCAGUGGAAUAUUCUUGUCAAAUGAAGUUGUUGUGAGCCUGGACAAGUAUUUGUUGUCAUCUUUUGAGGAUUUGGGACUUCGGCAACCUUGGUUGGAAGGAGAGGAGUAUCUAUCAAUUGUUGAUGAAUUUAUGGAGUUUGAGGAUUUUCAAAUGAAGUGGGCUUUUGAAAGACUGCAAUGGUAUCAAAAAAGGUUUUGCAUGUUCAAUAAUGACAUACAGGGAACUGCUAGUGUUGCACUGGCAGGACUACUUGGAACUGUAAGGGCACAAGAUCUACCAUUGACUGACUUUGUGAACCAAAAGAUAGUUGUAGUUGGAGCUGGAAGUGCAGGGCUUGGUGUUUUUAACAUGGCUGCACAAGGCUGUUUCAAGAAUGGCAGGAGCUGGAGCAAAUCCUGUGGUCUCAUUACAACAGAACGGAAGGGUGUUGAUCCAGCAGCUGCACUAUUUGCUAAAGCCCCUUGGGAGAUCGAGGGUUUGGGACUUAGGGAGCGAGCAAAUCUCGUUAAAGUGGUUAAAAAAGUCAAGCCUUAUAUACUUCUUGGUUUGUCUGGAGUUGGUGGUGUCUUAAAUGAGCAGGUGCUUAAGGCCAUGCGAGAGUCAUAUUCCCCUAAACCUGCCAUUUUUGCGAUGUCAAAUCUGACGGUGAAUGGAUUGGAAUGGGAAGCUCUUCUCUUAGGUGCUCGUUUGAUUUCAAAUGGAAUGUUGCAAGCAGCUUCUGAAUGCCUUGCUUCAUCUAUUACAGACGAAGAAAUUCAAAGCGGUAUUUUGUAUCCUCCUACGAGAAGGAGGUGA